CCAGGAGGAAGCCCAAUGCUGCCUGGUCUGUGCCUUCCCGAAGGAGAGCGUGUCUGCACUAGGCCGCUUGAAGCCGGCCCCGUCCUGAGCCUUCUCUCCCCGCCUGACCUGAACGCCAAGAGGAAAAAGAAAGUGGCACACAUAUACGAGGCCCUGAACAGCGACCCCGCCGAUGUGGACGCCCUCCGGCGCCUGGCCAUCGAUGAAGGCGGCCUCCUGACUGAUGAGAUCCGGCAGGAAGUGUGGCCCAAGCUCCUCAACGUCAACACCAGUGACCUCCCUCUUCUGUCAGGGAGGAGCCUUCGGCAGAUCAGCAAGGACUACCAACAAGUGCUGCUGGACGUCCGGCGGUCUCUGCGGCGCUUCCCUCCCGGGAUGCCCGACGAACAGAGGGAGGGGCUCCAGGAAGAGCUGAUUGAUGUCAUCCUCCUCAUCUUGCAGCAGAACCCUCAGCUGCACUACUACCAGGGCUACCAUGACAUCGUGGUCACGUUUCUGCUGGUGGUAGGCGAGAGGCUGGCCACACCCCUGGUAGAGAAACUGUCUACCCACCACCUCAGGGAUUUCAUGGAGCCAACGAUGGACAACACCAAGCACAUCCUAAACUAUCUGAUGCCCAUCAUUGACCAGGUGAACCCAGAGCUCCAUGACUUCAUGCAGAGUGCCGAGGUGGGGACCAUCUUUGCCCUCAGCUGGCUCAUCACCUGGUUUGGACACGUCCUGUCCGACUUCAGGCACGUCGUGCGGUUAUACGACUUCUUCCUGGCCUGCCACCCUCUGAUGCCCAUUUACUUUGCAGCUGUGAUCGUGCUGCACCGAGAGCAGGAGGUCCUGGACUGCGACUGCGACAUGGCCUCCGUCCACCACCUGCUCUCCCAGAUCCCCCAGGACCUGCCCUACGAGACACUCAUCAGCCGGGCCGGAGACCUUUUUGUCCAGUUCCCCCCGUCCCGGCUCGCUCGGGAGGUGGCCGCCCAGCAGCAGGCCGAGAGAACUGCAGCCUCGACCUUCAAGGACUUUGAGCUGGUGUCGGCCCAGCAGAGGCCUGACAUGGUGCUGCGGCGCCGCUUCCAGGGUCUUCUGCGGCCCGAAGAACCGGCGAAAGACGUCCUGACCAAACCGAGGACCAACCGCUUCGUGAAACUGGCGGUGAUGGGGCUGACAGUGGCACUGGGAGCAGCUGCCCUGGCUGUGGUGAAGAGUGCCCUGGAGUGGGCCCCCAAGUUCCAGCUGCAGCUAUUCCCCUAAAAGCCACAGGAGGCACUUGGGGG